UUGCCUCUCGCUGCAAACAUUAACAUUGAACCAGCUCAAAAUAAUGGUCUCGAUUCAUAUGACAGAUAUAUCAACUCUUUACUAUCAAAUGAAAACAAAAUUGGAACUGUAAAUAAUGCCAACGAUAAUAUAAAUAAAGUUCAACCAACACGAUAUGACGACGACGAGUCUCCGAUUAUAACAAAACCAGUAAGAUUCGUUGGAGUCGGUACAACUGAUGUUGAACAACUGAACAAUAUUACUCACGCCCUAACACAGUUUAGUAUUAUCUUAAUGAGGAGUGUUAACCAACUAAUAAGAGGAAAUGCUAUAGUUUCACCAACGUCUAUUGCGACAGUUUUAGCUCUUCUACAACAAGGAACUGCGGGAGAGACUCAAGAUCAAAUGACAAGAUGUCUUUCAAUGCCACCCAACGCUACAGCGCCCACUUAUCAAAGACUUACUUAUGAUAUGAAGAAAAGAAAUUCAAGAAACAUAUUGACUGUUUCCAUCAAUUUGUUCCUUGGAGAAGGCUUUCAAAUAGAACCAGAUUUCAAAGAAACUUCUAUCCAAUAUUUCGGAAGCGAAAUAACAAAUGUUGAUUUCAGUAGACCUGGUCCAGCUGUUAGGCAAAUAAAUAAAUGGAUUUCGAUCCAGACUCAUAACAGAAUCGCCGAACUUCUACCUGAAACGGCUGUUAGUUCCUCCACCCAAGUUCUUAUAGCAAAUGUGGUAUAUUUCAAAGGACUUUGGGAGACCAAAUUUAAACCAGAAGCCACAAAACAGCUAUUGUUCCACUUAAGUGGUGGCGAAAGUGUUAUAGUGCCAUUUAUGCGCAUGCGGCAUUCUUUUAGAUAUGGCAAAGAUGAAGAUAGUAACUCAGCUAUCGUUGUCAUGCCAUUCGAAAGAUACCAGUAUUCUCUAAUAAUUAUAUUACCACAACAACAGUCUAAUGUAGACAAUAUAUUAAGGACACUGUCAAAUAAUAAAUUGGUGAACUAUCUUAAAUUUGAUGAAAGUGAAAUCCAAUUGGAAAUACCGAAAUUUACCAUAAAAUCACACACUAAUAUGAUACCAGUUUUGCAAAAGAUGGGCGUCACCGAAAUAUUUUCACCGCAAGCUGAUCUUACGCGUAUUGGAACUUACCGGACGUAUUCACCUAGAAUAUCUAGUGCCAUACACACUGGUUACCUGUCAGUCGACGAGCAAGGUCUUUCAGCAACAGCAGUUUCAACUUUUGCUGCAAUCGCCUUGUCAUAUGAGGAUCCCCCUGCGCUGUUCCAGGCUAAUAGACCAUUCUUAGCCGUGCUAUGGGACACUCAAUUUGCUAUUCCUUUGUUUAUAGCCAAAAUUGAAGACCCAUCAAAGUGA